UUGUGCCAUUGUCCACACCACCGCCUGGACAUACAAAAGUCGAGUGUCAGAGAGCCAACUAAAUUAACUGCAUUCAGACAGCUACGAGAGUGACGUGUGCCCGCGGCUGAAGUGACUUACAAGUUACACUCGCAAGUGCACUAUUUACUAGGAAUGUUCGUAUAGAUCCUUGGCACUUUAAAGCCAACUGGCUCAGGUUUUCGUAUCCAUAUUUACACGACUAAUCUCUCGCAAUUGUGGAAGCGUUCAGCUUUUAUUAUGUCAUUGACCCUUCAAAGGCUUGCGCUCAGCGUUCUAUGGUCACAAUUCUCCCAGUGGUUGGUUGUACCUAUUGUGAACAUAUCAGUUCUACGAAGUACUAACCUGAAGGCGGGCAGUGUGCGCCCACCACCUCUGUCGUGACUCAACGCGGUCUAAGUCUGAGAGGAACCAGGAAGCAGGCAAGGUGUGGCGGAUAUUUUUCGAAAAAGGGAUACAGUGGAGUUGGAUGUCAAAUCUGAGGCCAGACCUCUUGAGGACUAUUUGAACUUAUACCAUAUCGUGCAACGCCAUAACACGUCAGGAAUACAGUACUCGUGUCUGUCUUGCAAGGUUGGGCUGUCCACCCUGUAUGCAGCAGUGAUUUUGAUACUACGAGAAUAAGAUAUUUCAUUAUCUCCGUCUUAUUCCUGGGAUGCAACAUCUGUACAGAUUGGUUGGCCCUGGCAAGCGAGAUCAGAACACCCCGCGUCCUAACUGAUCUAAAUUGUUUUGAUGUGGCCUUUCAACAUUAACAUGCACUAUCAACCAGGAAAACGUCUGCCCGUUGACAAAAAAUGAGUACAAUGUGAGGAGAGUAGCAUCCCUACUAUGCAUAAUUGUUGCAGAAUUCCCGGCCUGACCCUCAAAGCUGGCGGUCAGCGUCUCCCCGGGAUGGGCGAGAUGGACAGACACCCGGCCUGGAAGACACGCAGAGCGAACCAGGCAUGUGACAGAAGACUGUGCUUACACCUGGCAGCGCUCGACCAAAAACGGCAAGAAGUGGAGACUAAAAUUUCCAACGAUAUGAGGAUUAUGGAAAAGGCGUUGUCUCGUCGGGAUCAACGGCGGAGGCAUAAUUGUUCUCUUACUGAACGUGAAACAAUUUAUCGUGAUUCUGAAGGUUGUGAAAAGUCUGAAAACAAUUGUUCUUCAACGGGACAAAAUUCGAGCUCACAAAAAAGUCUGCUCUUGGGGAGUAUGGAUAACUGUAGUGGAACACCUGGCCAAACCAAAGGCAACUCCCGAGAGUGUCCAGCGAGUGGUCAAAGACCGGGGUCUGUAUUACGUCGACCACACAGACUCACACCUCUUUAUGGUCGCAGCCCUUUCUCAAGACGACGUCUGCGGAGGCUGAUCCCUCGAGCUUGUGACUACAGAACGCACAAGAGCUCUUCUGUUCUCUGCCAGCAUUUCCCGUGCCGACAGCCAGGGACUUACCACAGUCUCGGUUUCCGCCUAGAUGACUCGUCCACUGAUAGAUGGAUCACGUGGACAGACCUCAAGAGGGCCAGACUGUCCGAAGGCGAGGUUUUCGACCCUAAAGAUCAAGGGCGUCUUACUCCAGGCAUGUCUCUGAAGCAUAGUCUCCCUGCCUCUCAGUUCCUUCAGCCGUUAGACGCAGAGAGCAAAGAGAAACUCCUUAGAGAGGAGAUAAGUCGAAGAAAAAAACUUAAUGAAAACAAGAAACCCCUCAGCUGGGAGACCAACUACGGAGAACCGACGCCUUUCAAGCUGCUCAGGUGUCCAGUAAGACUCCACCCGAUGGAGAUGACCACUUUCCGAGGCAGAUAGAGAAGAGACCAGGCGAUGGAGCGAGACAGAUUACGCUCUGGGAAAGGGGAUUGUGUGUGUGUGUGUGUGUGUGUGUGUGUGUGUGUGUGUGUGUGUGUGUGUGUGUGUGUGUGUGUGUGUGUGUCUGGAUUCUAUUUACUGGUGUUCAACAACUAUACAAGUUUUGUCUCUACCCAAAGGCCCGAGUUCUGCUUGACUUCUAUACUCAUUUUCGUGGAAAAUUACCUCUUUUACAUGGCUCACUGUUAGCUUAGUCGGAAUCAUAGUGGGCUAUGGUACUGACUGCCCUGCUUCGAAUCCUCAGUAGGGACGUGUUUUAACUUGAGCUGUUUGAGAAGUUUUCAAGGCUCUUCAGCGGGCUGGCUCGGUCCUAUCAGAAAUAGACGGCUGACUCAGAGGUACAGCCUGUCAGAUUCAAAAUAUUUCACAAUGUCAACUCAUAGAGGACGCGCUUUCUGGUCAUUCGACAAUGUUUGAAGACGUGCCGAGUUGGGGCAUUUAAAGAAAAAAAGCACACCUUCGUUAUUCGUACAGAAUGUUCAAUUCUAUUUUAAAAUAGCAAAGAACAACAGGCAUACGAAGAAAUAAAAAGCAAUUUCGUGUUUUAGAUUUGUGUAUGAAGGUUCGAAAUGUACCACAACAUUGUCUUUGGUAUGCUGCUGCUGAUCGGACAUAAUAGGUGGCCUCUACGUCUUCAAAUGGUUGAACAAUUGUGUUAAUUGGCCUCAUUCUGUUUGGGCAAGUUUAGGCACUAGACCACGACCCUUGUCCGCAGUUGGCGUUUGUUCUGGGAACUCCUUCCACGUCCCACGUACAUUUUCACUCCUUUGUGUAGCGUCAGUGGCCUGGUGAUUAAGCUCUCGGACUCGCAAACGUAAGGUCGAGCGUUCGAAUCCCGUAAAGAGCCCCGACGUUGUGUCCUUGUGAAAGGCACUUUACACGAAUUUUCCUUACUUCACCCAAGUGGUUACAGGUACCCAGCCAUAGACAGUGAAAGAUCUUGACAAUCUAUCAGUGUCUGAGAGCGUGAAAUGCGCAGCUUUCACUGCAUGCUUCCUGGAAAGCCGAGAAUGUUUCUGUGUGUUUUAGGUACUGCUGGGGUAUUAAUGAUAUUAAAGCGCACAAAGCAUGCUGUAGAGUGUGGAUAUGCGCAAUAUAAAUACAAUUAUUCUUAUCAUAAUUAUAUAAUAUAGUCUCUUCUCUUGCGUUUGAUGCCCAGUCCAAAUUCCUCUGUGUCUACCGCUUUUUCUUCUUUCAUCGAGAGCUCAAUAAAUGACGUUAUUCGGUAGUGCCGGUGUCGUCAUAUACUGCAAUGCCAUUGCAUUUCCUCUGGGUUUGUUUGUUUUUUUGCACAGAUUAGCUAAAAGGAGGAAUGGCAGCUUUACUAAAUCAAAGUGUUGACCAUGUAGACUUACGUAUCUACCUUUUCACCACUGAAGUACAGUAAGAUUUUUGUCUUCUGAAAACUGUACUAAACUGUUCAGAAACAAGACAUCGUAGAUGACGCAAUAUGCAUUGCUUUAGUGUGCUUUUUGUAUGUUAGCUUUUUUAAAACAUAUAUUGUCUCAGAACGAGUAUGUCACUAUGGGCAUUUGUGUGUGUGUGUGUGUGUGUGUGUGUGUGUGUGUGUGUGUGU